AUGUUUCCCUUCUGGCAGCAAGCGCAUCACUGGGUCGACGUGUACUACGUGUUCAAGACGUACCAAUUCCGCUACCCGUCACAAAGACUCAAGGACAUCUCUACCCAACACGCACGAACUUGGAACAGAUUCGCGAAUGGAGAACCACCGUGGAAAGAAUACAAAUAUACCGGCAAAGGCGACGAAGUGGUGAUGGUGGCAGACGAGAGGGAUGGCUGGGUGCAAAGGACGGUUGAAGAACACGAAAAGGUGGUGGACAACAGCUGGCGGAGGUGUGAAGCGUUGGUUGCGAGCUGGGACAGCAUGCGCGGGAAGCAUUUCUCGCCAUUCCAGAUCGAGCCAAUGAAGGAGAACAAGACGGCCUAG